AAGCAUGAUGGAAUUUUAGCUGCAGUCUUCUUGGUGCCAGCUUAUCAACCCCAAACUCUGAGUGUAAAAGAUUCUGCAGGGCACUUUCUUAUGCAAGGAGCUAAACAGUGAUUAAAGAAGCAGGAUGAAAAGAUGGCACAAUCAGUGCUGGUACCGCCAGGACCUGACAGCUUCCGCUUCUUUACCAGGGAAUCCCUCGCUGCUAUUGAACAACGCAUUGCAGAAGAGAAAGCCAAGAGACCCAAGCAGGAGCGCAAGGAUGAGGAUGAUGAAAAUGGCCCAAAGCCAAAUAGUGACUUGGAAGCAGGAAAGUCUCUUCCAUUUAUUUAUGGAGACAUUCCUCCAGAGAUGGUGUCAGAGCCUCUGGAGGACCUGGACCCCUACUAUCUUAAUAAGAAAACAUUUAUAGUAUUGAAUAAAGGGAAAGCAAUCUCUCGGUUCAGUGCCACCUCUGCCCUGUACAUUCUAACUCCCUUCAACCCUAUUAGAAAAUUAGCUAUAAAGAUUUUGGUACAUUCUUUAUUCAAUGUGCUCAUUAUGUGCACUAUUUUGACCAACUGUGUGUUUAUGACCAUGAGUAACCCUCCAGACUGGACAAAGAAUGUGGAGUACACCUUUACAGGAAUUUAUACUUUUGAAUCACUUAUUAAAAUACUUGCAAGGGGCUUUUGUUUAGAAGAUUUCACAUUUCUACGGGAUCCAUGGAAUUGGCUGGAUUUCACAGUCAUUACUUUUGCAUAUGUGACAGAGUUUGUGGACCUGGGCAAUGUCUCAGCGUUGAGAACAUUCAGAGUUCUCCGAGCAUUGAAAACAAUUUCAGUCAUUCCAGGCCUGAAGACCAUAGUGGGGGCCUUGAUCCAGUCGGUGAAGAAGCUCUCUGACGUCAUGAUCCUGACCGUGUUCUGUCUGAGCGUGUUUGCUCUAAUAGGGCUGCAGCUGUUCAUGGGCAACCUGAGGAACAAGUGUUUGCAGUGGCCCCCAGAUAACUCUUCCUUUGAAGUAAACAUCACUUCUCUCUUUAAUAACUCUCUGGAUGGAAAUGGCACCAUUUUCAACAGGACAAUGAAUAUGUUUAACUGGGAUGAGUAUAUUGAGGAUAAAAGUCACUUUUACUUUUUGGAAGGGCAAAAUGAUGCUCUGCUUUGUGGCAACAGCUCAGAUGCAGGCCAGUGCCCAGAAGGUUACAUCUGUGUGAAGGCUGGUAGGAAUCCCAACUACGGCUACACAAGCUUUGACACCUUUAGUUGGGCUUUCUUGUCCUUAUUUCGCCUCAUGACUCAAGACUUUUGGGAAAACCUUUAUCAACUGACGUUACGUGCUGCUGGAAAAACAUACAUGAUAUUUUUUGUGCUGGUCAUUUUCUUGGGCUCAUUCUACCUAAUCAAUCUGAUCCUGGCUGUGGUGGCCAUGGCCUAUGAGGAACAGAAUCAGGCCACCCUGGAAGAGGCUGAACAGAAAGAAGCUGAGUUUCAGCAGAUGCUUGAGCAGUUGAAAAAGCAGCAAGAAGAAGCUCAGGCAGCAGCUGCAGCGGCCUCCGCUGAAUCCAGGGAUUUCAGUGGUGCGGGCGGGGUUGGCGUUUUCUCCGAGAGUUCUUCGGUGGCAUCGAAGUUGAGCUCCAAGAGCGAGAAGGAGUUGAAAAACAGAAGGAAGAAAAAGAAGCAGAAAGAACAGUCCGGAGAAGAAGAGAAGGCAGAAGUAGUCAGAAAAUCUGAAUCUGAGGACAGCAUAAGAAGAAAGGGUUUCCGCUUUUCCUUAGAAGGAAGUAGGCUGACAUAUGAAAAGAGGUUUUCUUCUCCACACCAGUCGUUAUUGAGCAUCCGUGGCUCCCUUUUCUCUCCAAGACGCAACAGUAGGGCAAGCCUUUUCAGCUUCAGAGGGAGAACAAAGGAUAUUGGCUCUGAAAAUGACUUUGCUGAUGAUGAGCACAGUACUUUUGAGGACAAUGACAGCCGAAGAGACUCUCUGUUUGUGCCACACAGGCAUGGAGAACGACGUCACAGCAAUGUGAGCCAGGCUAGCCGCACCUCCAGGGUGCUCCCCAUUCUGCCCAUGAAUGGGAAGAUGCAUAGUGCUGUGGAUUGCAAUGGAGUGGUAUCCCUGGUUGGGGGACCUUCUGCGCUCACAUCUCCCACAGGACAGCUCCUGCCAGAGGGCACAACUACUGAAACAGAAAUAAGAAAGCGACGGUCCAGUUCUUAUCAUGUUUCCAUGGAUUUGUUGGAAGAUCCCAAUUCAAGGCAAAGAGCAAUGAGUAUAGCGAGUAUUUUAACCAACACCAUGGAAGAACUUGAAGAAUCAAGACAGAAAUGUCCACCUUGUUGGUAUAAGUUUGCUAACAUGUGCUUGAUUUGGGACUGCUGCAAACCAUGGCUAAAAGUGAAGCAUCUUGUCAACUUGGUCGUGAUGGACCCUUUUGUUGACCUGGCCAUCACCAUCUGCAUUGUCUUAAAUACUCUCUUCAUGGCCAUGGAGCACUAUCCAAUGACAGAGCAGUUCAGCAGUGUAUUGUCUGUUGGAAAUCUGGUCUUCACUGGGAUCUUCACUGCAGAAAUGUUUCUCAAGAUCAUUGCCAUGGACCCAUAUUAUUACUUUCAAGAAGGCUGGAAUAUUUUUGAUGGUUUUAUUGUGAGCCUUAGUUUAAUGGAACUCGGUUUAGCCAAUGUGGAAGGGUUGUCCGUUCUUCGAUCAUUUCGUCUGCUCAGAGUUUUCAAGUUGGCAAAGUCCUGGCCCACACUAAAUAUGCUGAUUAAGAUCAUUGGCAAUUCCGUGGGGGCUCUGGGAAAUCUCACCUUGGUGUUGGCCAUCAUUGUCUUCAUUUUUGCCGUGGUCGGCAUGCAGCUCUUUGGUAAGAGCUACAAAGAAUGUGUCUGCAAGAUCUCCAGUGAUUGUGAACUUCCCCGCUGGCACAUGCAUGACUUCUUUCACUCCUUCCUGAUCGUGUUCCGUGUGCUGUGUGGAGAGUGGAUAGAGACCAUGUGGGACUGUAUGGAGGUCGCUGGUCAAACCAUGUGCCUUACUGUCUUCAUGAUGGUCAUGGUGAUCGGAAACCUAGUGGUUCUGAACCUGUUUCUGGCCUUGCUCUUAAGUUCCUUCAGCUCUGACAACCUUGCUGCCACUGAUGAUGAUAAUGAAAUGAACAACCUCCAGAUUGCUGUGGGAAGGAUGCAGAAAGGAAUUGAUUUUGUUAAAAGAAAAAUACGUGAAUUUAUUCAGAAAGCUUUUGUUAGAAAGCAGAAAGCUCUAGAUGAAAUUAAACCUCUUGAAGAUCUAAAUAACAAAAAAGACAGCUGCAUUUCCAACCAUACCACCAUAGAAAUAGGCAAGGAUCUUAACUAUCUCAAAGACGGAAAUGGCACUACCAGUGGCAUAGGCAGCAGCGUGGAGAAGUAUGUCGUGGACGAAAGUGAUUACAUGUCAUUUAUAAACAACCCCAGCCUCACGGUGACAGUACCAAUUGCUGUUGGGGAAUCUGACUUUGAAAACUUGAAUACUGAAGAAUUCAGCAGUGAAUCAGAUAUGGAAGAAAGCAAAGAGAAGCUAAAUGCAACUAGUUCAUCAGAAGGCAGCACUGUGGAUAUUGGAGCUCCCGCCGAGGGAGAACAACCUGAAGCUGAACCUGAAGAAUCCCUUGAACCUGAAGCCUGCUUUACAGAAGACUGUGUACGGAAGUUCAAGUGCUGUCAAAUAAGCAUAGAAGAAGGCAAAGGGAAACUCUGGUGGAACCUGAGAAAAACUUGCUAUAAGAUAGUGGAGCACAAUUGGUUUGAAACCUUCAUUGUCUUCAUGAUUCUGCUCAGCAGUGGGGCUCUGGCCUUUGAAGAUAUUUACAUUGAACAGCGAAAAACCAUUAAGACCAUGUUAGAAUAUGCUGACAAGGUGUUCACGUAUAUAUUCAUCCUAGAGAUGCUUUUAAAGUGGGUUGCGUAUGGUUUUCAAAUGUAUUUUACCAAUGCCUGGUGCUGGUUAGACUUCCUUAUUGUUGAUGUUUCAUUGGUUAGCUUAACUGCCAAUGCUUUGGGUUAUUCAGAACUUGGUGCCAUCAAAUCCCUCAGAACACUAAGAGCUCUGAGACCAUUGAGGGCCUUAUCCCGCUUUGAAGGAAUGAGGGUGGUUGUAAAUGCUCUUUUAGGAGCCAUCCCAUCCAUAAUGAAUGUCCUACUGGUCUGUCUGAUCUUUUGGCUAAUAUUCAGUAUCAUGGGAGUGAAUCUUUUCGCUGGCAAGUUUUACCACUGCAUUAACUUCACCACAGGAGAGAUGUUUGAUGUAAGCGUAGUCAACAACUACAGUGAAUGUCAAGCCCUCAUAGAAAGCAAUCAAACAGCAAGGUGGAAAAACGUGAAAGUGAACUUUGACAAUGUGGGACUUGGGUAUCUUUCCCUGCUCCAAGUAGCCACAUUUAAAGGAUGGAUGGAUAUCAUGUAUGCCGCUGUCGACUCACGAAAUGUAGAAUUGCAACCCAAGUAUGAAGACAAUCUGUAUAUGUAUCUUUAUUUUGUCAUCUUCAUCAUUUUUGGUUCAUUUUUUACCUUGAAUCUUUUCAUUGGUGUCAUCAUAGAUAACUUCAACCAACAGAAAAAGAAGUUUGGAGGUCAGGACAUUUUUAUGACAGAAGAACAGAAGAAAUAUUACAAUGCAAUGAAAAAACUUGGUUCGAAGAAACCACAAAAACCCAUACCUCGACCUGCUAACAAAUUCCAAGGCAUGGUCUUCGAUUUUGUCACCAAGCAAAUCUUUGACAUCAGCAUCAUGAUUCUCAUCUGCCUCAACAUGGUCACCAUGAUGGUGGAAACAGACGACCAGAGUCAAGAAAUGACAAAUAUUCUGUACUGGAUUAAUCUGGUGUUUAUUGUGCUGUUCACUGGAGAAUGUGUGCUAAAGCUAAUUUCCCUUCGCUACUAUUAUUUCACAAUUGGAUGGAAUAUUUUUGAUUUUGUUGUGGUCAUUCUCUCCAUUGUAGGUAUGUUUCUCGCUGAGCUGAUAGAGAAAUAUUUUGUGUCACCUACCCUGUUCCGAGUGAUCCGACUGGCCAGGAUUGGCCGAAUCCUACGUCUGAUCAAAGGAGCAAAGGGGAUCCGUACCCUGCUCUUUGCUUUGAUGAUGUCCCUUCCUGCAUUGUUUAACAUCGGCCUCCUGCUCUUCCUGGUCAUGUUCAUCUAUGCCAUCUUCGGGAUGUCCAACUUUGCCUAUGUUAAGAGAGAAGUAGGGAUUGAUGACAUGUUCAACUUUGAGACUUUUGGCAAUAGCAUGAUCUGCCUGUUCCAGAUAACCACCUCUGCUGGCUGGGAUGGACUGCUAGCACCUAUCCUCAAUAGUGGCCCACCCGACUGUGACCCUGAGAAAGAUCACCCUGGGAGCUCAGUUAAGGGAGACUGCGGGAACCCAUCUGUUGGAAUCUUCUUUUUUGUCAGUUACAUCAUCAUAUCCUUCCUGGUGGUGGUGAACAUGUACAUUGCUGUCAUCCUGGAGAACUUCAGUGUUGCUACCGAGGAAAGUGCAGAGCCCCUGAGUGAGGAUGACUUUGAGAUGUUCUACGAGGUUUGGGAGAAGUUUGACCCAGAUGCCACCCAGUUUAUAGAGUUCUCCAAGCUCUCUGAUUUUGCCGCUGCCCUCGACCCUCCUCUUCUCAUAGCAAAACCAAACAAAGUACAGCUCAUUGCCAUGGACCUGCCCAUGGUCAGUGGCGACCGGAUCCACUGCCUGGACAUUUUGUUUGCUUUUACAAAGCGUGUUUUAGGUGAGAGUGGAGAGAUGGACGCCCUUAGAAUACAGAUGGAAGAACGAUUCAUGGCCUCAAAUCCUUCCAAGGUCUCUUAUGAGCCCAUCACAACCACUCUGAAACGCAAGCAAGAGGAGGUGUCUGCUAUCGUUAUCCAGAGGGCUUACAGACGCUACCUCUUGAAGCAAAAGGUUAAAAAGGUUUCAUCCAUAUAUAAGAAAGACAAAAGCAAGGAAGGUGAUGGGACACCUAUUAAAGAAGAGAUCCUCAUUGACAAACUAAAUGAGAAUUCAACUCCAGAGAAAACCGACGUGACACCAUCCACCACUUCUCCGCCGUCAUACGAUAGUGUGACAAAACCAGAAAAGGAAAAAUUUGAAAAAGACAAAUCAGAAAAGGAAGACAAAGGAAAAGAUAUCAGGGAAAGUAAAAAGUGAAAAGAAGCAAAGCGUAUUCCAUUUUGUGAUCAAUUGUUUACAGCCUGUGUUGGUGAUUUAUUUGUGUCCACAGGACUCCCACAGGAAGUCUAUGCCAAACUGACUGUGUUUUCAUAAAUGUGUACUUAAGGUCAGUGCCUAUAACAAGACAGCGACCUCUGGUCAGCAAAUGGAGACUCAAUAAACUCGAGAAACAGCGUCAACAGGAGGUUUCUGUUUUCACAACCAGCUGACACUGCUGAAGAGCAGAGACCUAAUGGCUACUCAGACUAUAGGAACCAAUUUCAAAGGGGAGGGAAGUUAAAUUUUUAUGUAAAUUCAAUGCGUGACACUUGAUAAUACGUAAUUGUCACCACUGCUUAUGUUUUAACUGCCAACCCUGUCAUAUUUUUACAAAUUGUGUGCUGUGAUUUUAUCACCUUUUUUUUUUUAAAUCCACAGGUUGUUUACUAUUACAUGUGACUAUUUUUGUAAACGGGUUUAUGUUUGAGGAGAGGGAGUCGAGGGAGUGAAUCCUCCAUAUCUUUAUUGUAUAACUGGGUGCAUUUUCAAUCAUGGCAUGUUAUAAUUCUCAUUCGCACAUGAAAAAAAAUAUCACAUCACUCAAUGAAAGAGUUUAUGUCUUGUUUCAGGAUGUUUUUAGAUUUUGAGGUGCUUAAAUAGCUAUUCAUAUUUUUGAGAUGUUUCAUCCACAAAAGAUUUUAAUGUGCCUGUAAAUGUUCCGUAGAACUCAAACAUUUGAGAGUUGUUUUAUUUUUACAUACUCCAUUAUAUGUACGUGUAUAUAUGUAUAUAGGUAUGUUGUACACACAUGCACAAACUCACACACACAUAGGUACCAUUACAUAGUCAUUCAGAGUUGAGUCCCAGCAUGACUACACAUUUUUUAUAAGUGUCCUUUGGCAUAAAAUUAAAAUAUCCUGUCAGUUCUUUCUAUGAAAUCUGAAUUGACCAAAAAGCAUCCCCACCACCACUUUAUAAAGUUGAUUCUACUUUUUCCUGCAGUAUUGUUUAGCCAUCUUCUGCUCUUGGUAAGGUUGACAUAUCUCAAUUUUAAAAUGAAAGUCUGCUUUGUAAAUAGUAAUUUUACCCAGUGGUGCAUGUUUGAGCAAACAAAAAUGAUGACUUAAGCACAGUAUUUAUUGCAUCAAAUAUGUACCACCGUAAGUAUAGUUUGCAAGCUUUCAACAGAUAAUACGAUGUAAUUGGUUCCAUUAUAGUUUGAGGCUGUCUCUGCUGCAUGUUUAUCUUGCCAAUGCUGCUGUAUCUUAUUCCUUCUACUGUUCCAAAGUCUGAUAUGGGAAGCCAUAUGUCAGUGGUAGAUUGAAGUGUGUUGUUCUAUCAAGACCUCAUUCUUCAUGUUGUGAAGCAAUAGAUCGCAGCAAACCGUGAAGAGCUACUUGCUUUUUAUUCUGCCAAUCAUGACUGAGUCCUCUGCGGUGAAAAGCCUGACUGUACAAACACGUUGCAAGCUGCUUAAAUCUGUUGAAAAUAUAUGGUUAGAGUUUUCUAAGAAAAUAUAAAUACUGUACAAAGUUCAUUUUAUUUUAUUUUUCAGCCUUUUGUACAUUAAAUGAGAAUUAAAAGUAUCUUCAGGUUGAUGUCACAGUCACCAUUGUUAGUUUUUGUUCUUAGCACUUUUGAAUUAAAGCACUUCACAAAAUAAGAAGUAAGCACUAAGACACAGUAGAGGUUUCUGCUUUUUUUAUGAAUCUUGUAAAUUUGCACACAUUUCAUUGUGAAACAAAUCUCAAGCUGAGUCCUGGUAUUUGCUUUCAAAUAGUGAUACCUUUAUUAUCGAGAGAGGCUUAGGGAAAGAUCAACUGAGUCUUAGCAUUGCUUGAAUUUUGUGUUUCUACUUGGUCUUUUUAUUCAGUAAUCAGCAAUCUUUUCCAGUGUUUGUUCACAUCAAUAAAUCUAAUCACACCAACCCAUAUGGCACUAGAACUCUGCAAGUUCUAGUAUCUAGAUGAUACAGGAUUCAAGCUUUUCCCCCCUCACAGAACCAAGUAGUGAGACUAUUUCACCAGUUACAGCAAAAUAUUUUGUGUUUCACAAGCAGCAUUAAAUGUAGAUUCUUUAUACUAAAGCUAUUGACUUGUAGUGUGUUGGUGAAAUGCAUGCAGGAAAAUGCUAUUACCAUAAAGAACGGUAAAACCACAUUACAAUCAAGCCAAAAGAAUAAAGGUUUUGUUUCUGCUUUAGUAUUUAAUUGUUCUGUCUUUGUUUCUAUCUUUGAAAUGCCACUUAAAGUUAAAUUUCUGUCAUGUAAAAAUGAUCUCAGAAAAAGGUAAAUGUAAAGAAUACACAUAAAGUAUAAUAACUCAUCUUAAAUUGUUUUCAUGGAAUGGAAAUCAAUUGAGGUGAGUGUACUGGAUAUCUAGUUUGAAUAUUGGCCAAAACCUCAGAAAUGGCAUCAGAGUAGUGGAAAGUUAUUAAAAUUAAUAAAAAAUUGAUUAACAUUUUAA